CGUGAAUCAUCCAUACUAUUUUUAGUGUGGAAUAAAUCAAAGACUUUCUCAAACAAACAAUAGAAUAUAACCCACCAAAUAUGAAGAUGGAUGGAUUUCUAUUUGUAAAUAGAAGACUAAAGGAAGUGAAGUUAGAUGUUACCGUCAUGACUCAAGUAUUUGCGCCCACACGCCACGACCCCAUCGAAUUUAUUUUCUUCUCUCUUCCUUUCCUUUUGUCUCCUUACUAUUUAAACUCCUCUUCCUUCUUUGCCCAUCAAUUCAUGAUUUACAUAUCUUUCUCUCUCUACAUUUACAAAGCAUUUCUGUUUUCUUUAUAGUUAUAUUAUAAUAUAAUAUUAUAAUGGAGGAAGCGAGUUACAAAAAACGAGCUCGAGUUGACUCGGCUGAGUUAGAAUCCGAGUUUGAUUUCGAUUUCGAUUCGACUAAAGCCAAGAGGAUCAGAGACGAUCUCUUGAGUUGGCUGGACGACUCGGAUGCUGUACCUGAUCGUGACUCGAUGAGUCACGAUCUUGACUCGGUAAUCCGAAGUUUUGAAGAGGAGAUAGGAAGUUCUGAAUCUCGUUCUUCACCGACAAAUAUCAUCGAUCUGACAUCUGACUCCGGAGAUUUACUGCCGGAAUUAGGUGAGUUCGCCGGUGACGGUGUUGAAAUACUGACGGAAAAAGAAAAUCGAUCAAGUGAAGGUGUAAAGAUGGAUGAGUUAGUCCGAGUGUCGACCGAGUCAUCGAGAUUUGGUGAGGUCUGGGAUUUUCUGGACGAUUUUCCGAGUUAUGACACGUUUGGGAUCGGGUUAGGUUACGAGCAGGAAACUGAGUUUGUGACUUUAGAUGGAAUAUUUGACUAUUCUGAUAUAAACCUUUCAUGGCGGCCGGACACGCUUCCAGCAUAAAUGGACUUUCCUGAAUAUUUUUGGUGUGGGAAAGGAUUUAAUUAUUUAAUUAGAUUAGCUACCAAUACUAGUAUUAUUUUUUUCUUGCAAAUUUUUUACACUUUUGUAAAUAAAUAUGAAAGCUGUAAGAAUUGAGGUGCUGUUUCAGAAACUUACUAGCGUGUACUAAAUUACUAAUUUCAAUUAGCGUUCCUAUCAUAUACUAUUAAAUUAAGUAUUAUCAAUUUGUUUCAAAAAAACAAUAGAGUUAAUGAGUAUUAUUUUUUGAGAAAAAAUUAAAUAUUAUUAUCAACAUUUUCAAAA